GCUGUUGGCAAAGUACUUCCUGCCUUAAAUGGAAAGCUGACUGGAAUGGCUUUCCGUGUUCCAACCGUGGAUGUGUCUGUUGUCGAUCUUACUGUCAGGAUCGAGAAAUCAGCCACGUAUGCCGAUAUUAAGGCUGCUAUUAAGGAAGAGUCUGAGGGAAGGCUCAAGGGAAUCUUGGGUUAUACUGAAGACGACUUGGUGUCCACCGACUUUAUUGGUGACAGCAGGUCCAGCAUUUUCGAUGCCAAGGCUGGAAUCGCUCUGAAUGAUCACUUCGUCAAGAUGGUGGCUUGGUACGACAAUGAAUGGGGCUACAGCUCACGAGUUGUUGACUUGAUCCGAGCAAUGGACAGCAAGAAGUAGGAUGCUUGCCUGGCUUUGAUGUGUUGAUGUUCAAGGUCAAUCGGUGUUUGGUGGUGUGUCCGAGUGUAGUAGUCUCCAUCUUUCUUCAAAAAAAAGAUGUCGAAGAAUAAAUGUUUGAUGACAUGUUGUAAGAGUUAUAUCUCUUCUCUAGUACCGUACUUUGGCGUCAGGUGCGCCCAUUUUGCUUGAGAUGUGUUAAAACUCAGCUUAAUAUGAAGCGGAAAACUAUGUUUAAAAUUUUGUUAAUUUUUGCUUU